ACCUUCUCAAUUUAUACAAACAAAUUAAUCCACAUAGAGAGUUAUAUCCAUACAGGAAUUAAUGGAAAACCAUCCAAACAACCCUCAAGUCUUGUCUAGUUUUCCUCUUGCUCAGAGCUGGUCAACCCUGUCAUAGAAGGUGCAGAAAUAACUCAAAUAGGUGGCAUGAAAUCUUCUCAAGAGUCACUAUAUAAAGCCUCCUAUCCCUCUGAUCAACUUCAUCACUUCAUUACUUCACCUCUCAUAAUCUUUCCUCCAUAAAUCACAAACCUUUUCCCCUCUCACCACAAAACUUCCAAAAACUUCCUUUAGAUAUGAAAAAAGUUGCGUUUUCCCUUCACUUGCUAGUUCUUGUAGUCACCCUCCGGUGCACCUCUGUCAUUGGAGCCACGAAUCCCACUACCUCAGAAUUCAUCAGAACCUCCUGCAGAACCACCCGGCACCCUGCUCUGUGUGUCCGCUGUCUCUCAAUUUAUGCCAGCUCUAUCCGAGGGAGCGACCACCAGCUCGCCAAAGCAGCUGUUUCAGUCAGCCUGAAAGACACCAAGGCAGCAGCCACUUUUGUUUCCAAACUGGCCCGAACCUCUGGAAUAAAACCCAGAGAGUACCAAGCCGUGAGAGACUGUAUCAGCACCAUGACCAACAGUGUGUUGAGUCUAACCCAAUCGGUUCAGGAGCUGGCUCAGAUGGGUCGGUUCAAGGGUCAAGCUUUCGAGUGGCACAUGAGCAACGUAGAAACGUGGGUGGCUUCUGCUCUCACUAAUCAAAACAUGUGUGCCAGGGGAUUAGCAGAUGGUUCCAUUAAUGGACAUGUGAAGGAUGCCAUCACUAAAAGAAUGGUUUAUGUUUCACAAGUUACUAGUAAUGCACUUGCUUUAUUGAACAGGUUUGCUGUAAGGCAUAGAAAAGGCAUCCACAAGCCAUAAGUGUUCACAAAAAAAUGGAACUUAAGAUUGCCCUAAAAGUGCCAACUUGUGUAAAAUACUACAUAGAUUAGUCUGUUUGCCUAAAAGUAAUCCUUUUUGUAUACUUCUUUUUGUCACAAAGAUUUGUAUUGUAUGUAUUAUACAGCAAGUACUUUUUGUUAACCUUUGUAUGUGAAAAUGUAUCAAAAUGUUCAAUUA